AUGGAGAUUGUUGACGAUGAUGAUGUGAAGUUUUUGAUGGUUGUAGCAAGAGGUUCACAAGGUUACACAAAACUUUUUGUUACCGAGAGUCAAAUUGACGGAAGGGCCAAUCAACAAGGCGAAGAUGUUCAUGAUGAAGAACGGUCAAAUCAACCGACAGAUGAGUGGGCACAUCCACAAAGUUUUCAAGAGUUUGGAGGGAAUUAUGGUGUUAAUGAUGAUAAUGACGAGAACAUGGAUGAGGAUUAUGAUGUAGAAGGUAAUGAAGAGGAAGAGGUGGAGGAGGAGGAGGAGGAGGAUGAUGAUGAUGAAGACGAAGAAUUCUCGGGGUUUGGUGACGACAUAAACGGUGUUCCGAGCCAAGACGCUGGCAGAAGUCAAAGUCAUCCUUGCUACAAUGAGGCUGAAUGUAGCACAAGACGUCAUGGCUUUAUGAAUAUUGGAGCAUAUUCAAGUAACAUCCAUAAUCCAAAUCCAUUUCAAUGGGUUCCUGAGCCUGCUGUUGAUGUUGAGAAUACAGGUAUUACUAACCGGGCAACACAAAGGGGCAAUCGUUUGCAAAUAAUGGGUUUUUAUAACUCCAAGGCUGAAUUGAGAGCACUAUUUCGAACGUAUGCCUUGGAGACCGGAAUUCAGUGGAAGGUUGGUCACUCCGAUAACAUACGGUACGAGCUUAAGUGCGUACACCCACAAUGUAAAUGGCGGGCACGAGCGACGAGAGAGCAAGACGGAGACUAUUGGGUCUUACGACGUAUGGAUGAGACCCACACUUGUCCGCGAGAUCAAAUAUUGCCACAUCACAGACAAGCAGGUGCCGAAUCAUUAGGUAACAUACUUAAGUCCAUGUUCGUGGUUGAUCGUAUUUAUCGACCAAAGGAAAUUAUUUCAGACAUGGCAGAUAGGUAUCGGAUUGACAUAUCAUACACGCAAGCAUGGCGUGCCAAAACAUAUGCAAUAAAUGCAUUACGAGGAUCUCCGGAAGAGUCUUUCGGUAUAUUACGUGAGUACUGUCAUAAUUUGGAGCUUAAGAACCCAGGAACUAUGGCACGUAUUGAUGUCGAUCUGGAAAAUAGGUUCAAGUUUUUUUUCAUGUGUAUGGGGUGUUCUAUACGAGGGUUCCAACAAUUCUGUCGUCCGGUGAUAUGCAUUGAUGCUUCACACUUAAAAGGAAAGUAUCUUGGGUCUCUUUUCAUUGCUGUUGCCAAGGACGGUAAUAAUCAAAUUUACCCACUUGCAUUCGGUAUUGGGCACAAAGAGGGACUAGAUACAUGGACGCCGUUUUUGACGUACCUUCGCAUGUGCAUUGGUGAUUUGCCGGAUUUGGCUAUUAUUUCUGAUCGUCAUCAUUCAAUAAUUGCGGCGGUCGCAAACGUAAUGCCUCACGCUCGUCAUGGGUUUUGUAAUUUCCAUAUCAAGGGUAACAUGCGUUCGCAGUUUAAAAAUACUAAACAUAUUGAAGGACUAUUUUGGAGAGCUGCUAAGGCAUAUCGUCUCACGGACUUUCAAGCCGCUAUGAAUAGAAUUGCUAGAGUCAAUCCCGCUGCAGCAACCUAUUUGACCGACAUUGGGUAUGACAGAUGGGCACGUGCGCACUUUGGAGGAUGGCGGUACAAUAUUAUGACGACCAAUAUUGCAGAGUCCUUCAAUGCUUUAACACGGACUGCUCGCGCUUUGCCUAUCACUAUAUUGGUAGAGUUUCUUCGAAGCACGCUACAACAUUGGUUUUUCAAUAGGCGAAACAUGGCUGGUCAGAGAUCUCACCCGUUAACACCAUGGGCUGAGGACAAGCUUGCUCGGCAUGUGUUCAAAUCUGCCAACAUGAUUGUUAAACCAAUCAACAUGCAACAAUACGAAGUUCAUGACUCACGCCAACAAGUUUUCAUCGUGAAUCUUCUAUAUCGAACGUGUGAUUGUGGAAAAUUUCAACGAUCCCAGAUUCCAUGUGCACACGCUGCUGCUAUCGCAAGGUAUAAUAACCUAUCAGACUGUGUAGGCUGGGUCAGUACAUACUACUCUACUGAAUAUUUACGUAGGGUAUACGAGGAAGAUAUUAAUCCACUAGGGGAUCAAUCAACUUGGGCACCAUCAAAUUUGCCUGUGAUUUUUCCUCCAGUGAUGGAGCAACGAAGGUCUGGUCGCCCUUCCAGUCAUGCAAGAAGACCUUCACAAGGAGAAGAAGUUCGACAACAAUACUGUAGUCGAUGUCACCAACCUGGUCAUACUCGUUUGAGAUGUCCGAGUCCAGCACCAAUGCCUGUGGUUAGCUCAUACCGCACACCCAGUAACACACGAACUCGAGGUCGUCGUACUGAUGGUGCAACCCAUACGGUCGACUAG